AUGCAACGAACUAUGGCGAUGAAGAAGCAAGAAGAAGAAAAAUUUGCAAAGUCAUCGGCUCGACUUCGACAAACCUAUUCGCAGUACGACCAUGAGAAGCAGGAGCGACGUGUCAUUCUGGACCCUUCACUGAAGCCCAAGAAGACCCUCCGACAGCCUGGAUCCUCAUCGUGGUCGACCCCAGUAGCACCCAAGAAGAAGUCUUUGUUCGAAAAGGCCAGAAUGGAGGCGAGGAAAAUCACACAAAUGUACAAUACCAGCCCAUACCCAUCACCUCGGAGCCGCACCGUCAGCAACAACGUCACCAGCAGCGCCAACAAAAUACAAUCCCACUCGACUAUGUCUGGACGCUCUACCCAUGGCGUUCGACCAGUAUACUUGACCCCAUCCAAGACAGCGCUACAAACCGGUGCCAGCAACGGCGGCAGUAGCAGCAACGGCAGCAGUAUGUCUCCUACCUCACCCACAAGACCUAUUGUCCUUGCUAAACCAGCCGCCACCUCGCCCAACGGAGCCAUCAUAGAUUUUUUCAAACAAAUUAAUCCGGCGCACUCACAGCAGGCGACAUCAUCACAUCACGGAUUGAACCAAGGCGGCUCGAGGUCCCCAACAUCACCUGUACAGCCAGCAUCCAAGACGAUGCAGAUGUUACGAGAACCUGUCGCGGAAAAGGCAACGGGUCCAUCAAGUUCAAGUGCACGGACCAACCGAUCAGAAAGCAUGUCGUCCAAGAAGCAGGACGGAUCACAGGCACAUAAAUCAGGCGAUACCAUGAAGGAGGUCAAGAUCGACGGCAAUUUCAGCUGGCUGGAAGACGACGACGAUGAUGAUGACGACGAAGAUGUUCGUAUAGAUCAGGGCCACCCAGGGAGUCGACAGCACAAGCGGGGCCACAGUGGAGGGCAUUUUCAGGAAGGAAGCCCGCCGGCCAGGAAACCCCUAGAUCAAGCACACUCUUCGCUGGACGAAGCAAGCCGUCAGUCCUUCUGA